GAGAUUCAUUCGACAUUUACUUCCUAGCGUCCUAGCCGGUGGCAACGUACCAAAGACAUACCUUAAACUCGGUGACAGUUUCGAUUCGGUCUUUAGUUGCACAGCAGACAUCCUGGCAGCAAAUACGGUUGAACGCAAAGCAAAAAGAAAUUAAAAAAAAAAAUAAAUCUUAAAAAAUUAAAAAAAAAAACGAUAACCGCAAUUAGCGUUUGGUGUGAAGACAAUGUUUAUCUGCAGACGUCCUCUGUUGAUUUUGUGGUGUUUGAUAAUCCUGAUAGGAUUCCUAAAACUCCAAUGCCAUGGCAUACCGACAGCAACGUUGAUAUUAAUGGAACACAAUUGGAAUAAGAACAAGACAAUUGAAACGUACACUAGCACCGAUAAUACAGAUUCUGAAACAUACAAUGAGAAAAAUGACUAUGCGGAUAAUAUUAUUCCCAAUAGGGAUAUUGAGAAUGCCAACACAUAUCGAAGAAGGCGAUUUCCUGGAGAUUACACCACCACCCAACGAGUGACGGUAUUCAAAUCUAGUCAUAAUCUCUCUGAUCCGAAUAGUAUGCGGAAACGCACUGCCUCAACGGAUAUGUUGAGUCGAAAUAUUUCCAUACUCUUGGAAAAUCUGCUCAAAAGUUAUGAACAAUCACAAUUGCCGACACAUGGGCAAGGAAUACCAACGGUCGUUCAAACCAAUAUUUUAAUUCGUAGUAUGGGUCCUGUGUCCGAACUCGAUAUGGACUACUCAAUGGAUUGUUAUUUCCGUCAAUAUUGGAAGGAUAAGCGUUUGAGUUUUCAGGGGCCCAUCAAAAGUCUGUCGUUGAGCAUAAAGAUGCUAGAAAGAAUUUGGAGACCAGAUACAUAUUUCUACAAUGGCAAGCACUCUCACAUUCACACCAUUACCGUGCCCAAUAAGCUAUUACGUUUGGACCAGGAUGGAGGCAUUCUGUACUCAAUGAGACUAACAAUCAAGGCUACAUGCCCCAUGGAGCUGAAAAACUUUCCAAUGGAUCGACAAUCUUGUCCUUUAAUUUUCGGCAGUUAUGGCUACACUAGCCGCCAAUUGGUCUAUGAAUGGAGAGGUGGUGAUGAUGCUGUCUCUUUUGUACCGGGCAUGACUCUCAAUCAGUUCGAUUUGAUAAGCAUGCGAAGUCGUAAUCUCACCUAUGCUAGGAGAGAAGGUGACUUUUCCACACUUCAUGUUGCCUUUAAUUUAAAGCGGCAUACAGGAUAUUUCUUGAUACAGGUCUAUGUUCCCUGUAUACUGAUUGUCGUCUUAUCCUGGGUAUCAUUUUGGAUACAUCGUGAAGCAACAAGUGAUCGUGUUGGGUUGUGUGUCACCGCUGUCUUAACACUUUCCACAAUUAGCCUGGACUCACGCACCGAUUUACCCAAAGUAAAAUACGCCACUGCCCUGGAUUGGUUUCUGUUGAUGAGUUUCUUGUAUUGCAUUGCCACGUUGCUGGAGUUUGCUGGCGUCCACUAUUUCACCAAGGUCGGGAGUGGUGAAAUACCCACAAUAAGCGAAGACGAAUGGGAAGAUAUUGAAGAUGAAGAAAUUGAUGACGACAUUGACAACGAAAUCGAGCUGCCAUCGAUGAGGGAGAGCAACGAGUCAUUGGCAACUGAUAUUUGUCAAAAUCAACCGGGUGGUUUUCGCAAACGCAACGCCAUGAUAUGUCCCAUCUACAACGAUCCGACGCACAUCUUCCAAUGUCCCUCUUCGCAUACCUCAACAAUGGAGAGGACAACGCAAACAGAACCUCCGGUUAUUUCCAAGGCUAAGCAAAUGUGGCUCUGUUUCAUUGGAGAUGUUAAAUUUCGCAAACAAAGAGAAAGGGAGGCGGCUGUACAAAAGGGAAUGCGUUAUGUAAACAGUGUCUCUCUAAUUGAUCGCAUAUCCCGAAUUGCCUUUCCCAUGUCAUUUGCGUUGUUCAAUCUGCUGUACUGGGUUGCAUACGGUAUGUUCAAGAAGGAUUUUGCAUGGCCCAAGGGUUAAGAAAUAUCCCCCGUCUGCUCAUUCGCUGUUACACUCAUUUAAUCCUUUGUUUGAUUGAUUGUCAACCGAGAACAUUGUUAUCAAAUAAUAAAUAAGUAAAUAA